CUCUGUGUCCACGUGGUCCGUAGAGGAAGUGACGCGAGGGGAACCCGGGAGCUGCGGAGAGAGGGCGACUUGCAAGGCCGCCGGAGGAGCCGCGGGGUCUUCCAGCCGAGACCCUCGAGCCGACGCACCCGCGCGGACGGCCGACACCCGGGACCGCCGGGCCAGAGGCAUGGCCACCACAUUGGACUUGAAGUCUAAGGAAGAGAAGGAUGCAGAGUUGGACAAACGGAUCGAGGCCCUUAGGAAGAAGAAUGCAGCCCUGAUCCGCCGUUACCAGGAGAUCGAGGAGGAUCGGAAGAAGGCUGAGUUGGAGGGGGUGGCCGUGACAGGGCCCCGGAAGGGGCGCCCUGCUGAGAAGGAGAAUGUUGCAGUGGACAUGGAGAAAAGUGUGGGCUCAGGCCGCCGGCCUCCCGCCUCUGCCCGGGCCCAGGGGAGCUCUGGGAAGGGGGGCCGCAAUGCCUCACAGCGAGGAGGCCGGCCUGGUCUGGGAAGGGGGUCCCGGUACUGGGAAGAAGAAGUGGUGAUCUGUGUGGAGCCACCACCAGCACGAAGCGGAGGGGGCCGGGGCCGUCGAGGACGGGGAAGGGGAGGGCCAGCGUACCCUUCUGGGACCAGCAUGGCAGCAGGGGAUGCCCCAGCCCCAGACAGGAGAUCCAAGGAGUGGGAGGAGCGACGUCGUCAGAACAUCGAAAAGAUGAAUGAAGAGAUGGAAAAGAUCGCCGAGUAUGAGAGAAAUCAGCGCGAUGGACUGCCUGAAAAGAACCCCGUCCGGAAUUUCCUGGAUGAUCCUCGUCGCAGCGGGCCUCUGCAGGAGUCAGAGCGGGACCGUCGGGAAGGAAGCAGGCGCCAUGGGCGGAACUGGGGUGGUGCUGACUUUGAGCGUGUUCGCAGUGGCCUGGAGCAGGAGCGUUAUGGUCGUCGGGCAGGACCAGGUGGGGACAUGACGCUGUCCAUGACGGGCCGAGAGCGGGCCGAAUACCUGCGAUGGAAGCAGGAGCGUGAGCGUAUUGACCAAGAGAGGUUGCAGCGGCAUCGGAAACCCACGGGCCAGUGGCGCCGGGAGUGGGAUGCUGAGAAGACAGAGGGCAUGUUCAAGGAUGGCCCUAGCUCUGUCUCAGAGGCACCUACACAUCAUGGUGAGACCUGGGGUGGCCUCCUAAUCCCUGGGCCCCAGAGCGAUGGAUAUGGGGAGAAGGGAGGGAGGGAGGACUUGGUUCUGGGGUGGGGAGGAGGCAGGUUGAGGGUCUUUUCUCUACCCAGCCCCUUCUCCCCACAGACGGAGGGCAGUAGCCGGACCCCCCAAACCCCAACCUUUGGAGACUUCUUGCCCCAACACAAGACAGUGUCCGGCAGCCGUAGAAGAAGGAAGACAAGCCGUCCCAGGGCCAAGGGACCUCCUCGGGGCUACAGCCACCAUGAUGACCGAUGGGAGCCCAAGGAGGAGGAAGAGGAAGUACCUGUCACUCCCCAGGAGAAACCUCCAGUCCCAGAGCCACAGCCUCAGCCCCCAAGUGCAGCUCCAGAGCCCUCAGCUCCAGAGGAAGGCCCAGCUACUGCUGAAGAGGAUGAGGACCAGUGGGAGGAUGUAAGUGGUGAGGAUGAGGAAGGGGAGGAUGAAGAAGAUGGAGACUCUGGGGAGGAAGAGGAGGAGGAGGAGGAGGUAGAGACAGAAGAGGAAGAGGAUGAGGAAGAGGAAGAGGAGGAUGAGCAGCAGGCAGGGGCUAGUGGCUCAGGGCAAGCCCCAGGACCUAAGCAGGGGAGUCCUGUGGAGGACCGUGCCGAAUCCCAGCCAGCUCCUGCGUCAGCCGGCAGCCCCUUCUCCCCUUCUGGAGGCCACCAGCCGGUGUCUGACUGGGGAGAGGAGAUGGAGCAGAGCUCUCCCCGAGCCACCCUCUCUGAUGCCGGCUCCAGCCCUGGUGCCACCCCCCCAGGGGCCGGCAAGUGAGUGGCCAGCAGGUUGCCGGCCAGAUCCAGCUCCCAUCCAUGUUGACCUUGUCCCAUGGGCCCCAGUCCAAGCUGUGUGUGGGUGGGAGGGAUCACUUCUCCAGAUCAUUCCGUCCUGCUCCCUCCCCACAACCCCCACGGUCAAGUUUUGGGUCCCUCAGCCUGCUGACUGAUGGGGAGGUGGAGUGGGGGAGGGGAAGGGGGCUGGUGCCCUCAGGGAGUGGGGGUGGUGGAUUCAUCCCUUCCAGGUGCGGGUCACUUUCCCUAAUGCUUGGAUUCCUUGCCCCUGUGGUAUGGAGGGAAAGGGUCUCAUCCCUUUUCUUCUCCCUGUGUUCCCUCCCCCUCAAACCUUAAUAAAGCAGAUUGUAAAUAAACGUG